GCUAAUGAUUGAUGGUGACAACAUGAGCCAGCAGAGGAAGCGUCAGAUUUGAAGCCGAAUCCGAACUGGAAGGAUCUGCAGCUGGAUCCUCGGAACCAUGAGGAUGAGACCAGACUCCUUCCUCCUGCUGUUUCUCCUCAUCGCUGCCUCUCAGGCGAGUAAUCCAGCAGACUCAGAGCAGCCAAAGGCCACAGAGCAGCGACCCGAACAGGUCCGACAGAAACCGAAGCCUCCAAAACCAAAACCAAAACCAACUCCAGUGGUCACAACGCCCGCCCCAAAAACCACCAAAGCACCCGACACGGACGAGUUCUUGGGUCCACAAGAAUGUCUGGACAAAAAGCCGACUCGAGCGUCGUGUGGCCUGGUGUUUUGCCCUCCAUGGCAGCGGUGCGUUGAAGGUCAGUGUACCUGCAAACUUCCCUACCUGUGUCCCACUGAAGGGGUGGAACCGGUCUGUGGGCAGAACCACAGGACCUUCACAUCCUACUGUCAGGCGAUGGCUGCCUCAUGCCGGACCAAGAAGCCCGUAAUGUCCCACUUUGGAAAAGUCUGCACAGCGAACAUUACCAAGUUCCAGAGCUUCCUGGACAAAGACACAGGGCUGGUCAGGAUCGUCCUUCCUAACGCCACCGGAGAAGGAGAGAACUUACUGGUGUGCCAUCAGGACUGGGACAUGGCAGCUGCUAAUGUGGCCUGCAGGGAGCACAAACAAGAAUAUUACAGAGGUGCAGCGUCUGCAGACUCUGUGGACUACAACUCCCUGACGCCCAACACAACUCUCCCCAGCCACUGUGUCAGCGUCCACUGCCAGGGCUACGAAUUGUCUCUGGCUGAGUGUGAAAUCUACGACAAGAUGGCGGCUGACGGCCGGAUGGUGGCCGCAGCGACCUGCUAUAAGGAAACAUCUGAAGGUCAGUCUCAGAACAUGCUGAGGUCGUGAAGACUCAGAAAACAC